AUGUCUGCUGUAGAACUUCCAGAUUGGGUCAUAUCGCUUGCUCCUUCGUCAGAAUACAUCUAUGCAUCUACAGCGAAGGGAACAAUUCACCAGCUACCAUUAAAUACUACUAAAUGGCCUGUCAUGAAAACUAUACAUGCACAUGCUGCUCCUAUCCAUAAGUUGCAAACGGAUCCGGUGAACGACAACAUUCUGUAUUCUUGUUCAGACGAUGCCACUGUAAAAAUAUGGGACUCACGGACACCCUUGACUAACUCGGUGAACACUUUAACGAACUCGAGAAAUCUGCCGUUUUUUAGUCUUGACGUGAAUCACGGACUCAUUUCAGCAGGGUCGCAGCUCAAAGGCACCGAUUCCGAAUUGGUUUUAUGGGACUUAAGGAAAUUGGAUACCACCUUGAGGUCGUUUAUUGAUUCCCAUAAUGAUGAUAUAACGGAAACAAAAUUUCACCCCACUUUGAACAAUUUGCUAUUGAGUGGAAGUACUGAUGGCUUAGUCAAUAUUUACAAUCUUGACAUUGUUGAAGAGGAUGAUGCGUUAUUUCAAUGUAUCAAUUAUAAUAGCGUACAUUCUGCAGGCUUUCUAACACCAAAUAGAAUUUAUAUUUUGAGUCACAUGGAAACUUUUGGAGUUUUCGACUUGAGCACACAACAAGAAUUUAAUCCUGAAGAUGGUGAAACCAAGGGAAAGAUAAACAAUGAUAAAGAUCAUGGCGAUAUCAGAAGUAAGUGGGAUUGUGAAUAUGUGGUGGAUCUUUAUGCUCCUGGAUAUAUAGCUUGUGGAUCGAAUUCCAAAGAAGUAGUUAAACUCUACGAAUUUGAUCCAAUCAAGGAGGAUUUUCUCCCAAAGAACAGAUUAUGGACUUUUGCUGGCGGUCAUGGCGAUGAGAUUGUUAGAGAUAUAAAAGUCGUCAAUGGUGUUGCAUAUACAGCUGGAGAGGAUAAUCACAUUCGUGCAUGGAAUUGUGAUGCUAAAAACACUGAACGUUGGUUUUUCAAAGAGGAAGACGAUGGUUCCGUUGAAGAAAGAAUGGAUAUCGAAUACGAUGCUAGAAAAAAGGAAAAGAAAGAAAAGAAAGAGAAGAAGAAAGAUAAAAAGGGUAAAAAGAAAACAUCUACGUCAUCCAAAAACAAAAAGCAUAGGUUCAAACCAUAUUAG